AUCGAGUUCAAGUCUCAAUAUGAAGCUCCUUAUUGCGUUGGCCCUGGUGGGUUUUGUUGCUGGUGGAGUCAUAGACGCCCCCGCCGACUCGGUGAUUGAGCUCGACUACCACAACAAGAUCGGAAUCCCGCUGGCCGAGCGCUUGAAGGCUGCUGAGGAGGCUCUGGACUUCGAUGGAUCCAGGAUUGUGGGCGGGGGCUCUGCCUCUCAAGGACAGUACCCCUAUACCGGAGGUCUCCUGAUCGAGCUCACCACCGGUGGCACAUCCGUCUGCGGUUCCUCCCUCCUGACCCACACCCGCGGUGUAACCGCCGCCCACUGCUGGCGCACUCUCUUCUCUUCCGCUCGCUCCUUCACGGUCGUCUAUGGCUCCACUCUGCUCUUCUCUGGCGGCACCAGGGUCUACACCACCGAUGUUGAGAUGCACGCCAACUACAACAUGAUCACUUUGGUCAAUGACAUCGCUAUCAUCAGGCUUCCGUGGGUCACCUACAGCAACACCGUCCAGCCCAUCGCCCUCGCCACCGGCAGCUCGGACUUCGUUGGCACCUGGGCCUGGGCCUCCGGCUGGGGUCAUACCCGUGAUGGUGGCUCCAUCACCACCAGCCAGUUCCUGUCGCACGUGAACGUGCAGGUGGUCUCCAAUUCCGUGUGCGCGGCCACCUACGGCACUGGCACCGUGCAGUCCACCACCAUCUGUAUCGCCACCACCGGUGGUCGUGGUACCUGCAGUGGGGACUCUGGUGGCCCCCUGGCUAACGCCGCUAACAACCAACUGAUCGGUGUGACCUCCUUCGGACACCGCGACGGUUGCCAGGUCGGUCACCCCGCCGGCUUCGCCCGCGUCACUGCCUUCGCUUCCUGGCUCCAGGCUCGCCUGUAAACUGACCACAGGCUACCGCUUACCAUCAGGCUCCAGACUAGGCUAUACCGCUUACCAUCAAGCGACUCCACCGGCGAUGUUAAAAGUUCUCGUCAGCUGUAAUCGCGGGUGGAAUUCAGAAUAAAUAUUUAUUCAUAGAAAAA